AUGACUACUAUUCCAUUAAUACCAGAACCUGAUUAUGAUUCUAUUAAUAUUUGUGAUCGAGGUCUUCAUCAUCAUUAUAUUCCAUUAAUUCCUAAAAAAGAAAUUUCUGAUAUGUCAAAAAAUUUAUUAGAACGUUAUGAAAAAAUAUCACAACUUCAAUAUAGUAAACCUGUAGAUAAAGAAAGAGCUUUAAGAAUAGCUAAAAUUCAAGGUGUACCUGUUCUUCCUCAUAAUGAUUUAGAUGAAACUUCUAAUACUGAUAAAAUAGUAAUAACAAACAAAGCAAUGUUAAUUCAUGUAAAAAAUCAUAAAAAUUUUAAUGAUGAUGAUCAUAACUUAGAAAGUUGUAAAAAUUGUAUUAUAUGUAGGUGUACUGCAACUGGCAAUUCUAAUUCUUUAUAUCAUAAAAAAUAUUUAAUUAAUAGAAAUGAAGAUGUCAUUGACAAUUAUAAUUUAUCAACAAAUCCUCCCAAAGAACCUGGCUAUUCACCACCAUUUUUGAUAGAUUUAUCUAAUGAUAAUUAUAAUGAUUUAACAUUUACAAGAUUUCAUCAUAAACGAGAAUGUAAACAAUUAAAUAAGGCAAACAAUAAUCAUUUUUUAAAUAAUGAUAUAGAUAAUGAAAUAACACGAAAAGUAAUAAUAACAAAAAAUUUCAAUGCUUCUAGAAUAGAUGAAUUGUCUGUAGUUUAUGGAGAGGUUGUAGAAUUAAUAACAAUAAAAAAUUCAUGGUGUUUAGUUCAAAAUUCUAAUAAUCUUAAAGGUUGGAUUCCAUAUCCAGAAAGUUUUUCUUAA